AUGGUGCCCCCGGUGUUCGACUCGGAGGGCGCUCGGUGCCUCGCGGUCGCCGUCCUCGCCGCCGCCUUCCUCAUCUCCUUCGCGGGCAACGGCCUCAUUGGCCUCGCGGUCGCGAGCGAGCGCCGCCUCCACCGCCCCAUGUUCAUCUUCGUGGCGGCGAUCGCCGCCUCCGACGUCGUCUCGUCGGCCGCCAGCCUGCCGCGCGUCAUCGCCAACGCGCUGGGCCUCAACCGUAUCGCGUUCGGCGAGGCGAUGUCGCAGAUGUUCUUCGUCCACUUCGCCACGCGCGUCCAGAGCUUCGUGCUCAGCGCCAUGUCCCUGGACCGCUGCCUGGCCGUCGUGCGCCCGCUCAGGUACCGCGCCAUCGCGUCCAACGCUCGCGCCCUCGCCGCCGUCGCCGCCGCGACGCUCCUGGCCCUCGCCUUCGGCCUGGUCAACAUCUACCUGCUGCUGGCGAUGGACGCGUGCGCGCCGCUCGUCAACCCGUCGCUCGUGUGCGACGCCCUGAGCGUGCUGCACAUGUUGUGCGGCGACGUGACGCACGCGGUGCGCUACUCCUACACCAUGCUCGCGGUCGCCGUCGUGCUGCCCGCCGGCUUCAUCUGCCUCAUGUACGCGCUCAUCCUCAACGAGUGCUGCAAGCGAGACGGCUACCGGAAGGCACUGCGAACGUGCGGCAGCCACCUGCUGGUGGUCUCGGUCUACUACACAUCGAUCCUCUUCUCGUUCGUCAAGGGAUUCAUCGGCGUCGAGUCGCUGCCCGUCGGCAUCAAGAUGUUCUUCCAGUUGGCGCAUUUCAUCCUACCGCCGGCGCUCAACCCGAUCAUCUACGGCCUCUGCACGGCCAAGAUCCGUCGGGCGAUCGCCGGGAUGUUCCGCAGCAAGGUGCAUCCUGGGAAUGGCGUCGUAGGACGGCGGGACAGUUGA